AUGGUGAUGAGAAUCUUCUUCUUCCUUUUCCUCUUGGCCUUUGCGGUUCUCACUGCAAAUGCAUCAGUGAAUGACUUCUGCAUGGCCGACAGCCCUGGAGCCCGCGACACCCCUUCAGGCUUCGUGUGCAAGAACACCGCCAAAGUCACAGCCGCCGACUUCGUCUACUCUGGCCUGGCAAAAUCCGGCAACACCACCAACAUCAUCAACGCCGCCGUUACUCCGGCGUUCGUGGCUCAGUUCCCGGGAGUGAACGGGCUGGGAUUCUCCCUUGACCGCCUCGACUUGGCACCCGACGGAGUGAUCCCCAUGCACACCCACCCCGGCGCCUCGGAGAUCUUGAACGUCGUGGAGGGCACGAUCCUCGCCGCCUUCAUUUCCUCCGGCAACAAGGUGUACGAGAAGACGCUGUACCCCGGCGGCGUGAUGGUUUUCCCUCAGGGACUUCUGCAUUUUCAGGUGAACGCCAGGAAAGGCAGCGCCCUGGCUUAUGUGAGCUUCGGCAGCGCCAACCCGGGGCUGCAAAUCCUUGAUUUCACGCUGUUUGCCAACGAUCUUUCCACCAAGACCAUUGCCGGGACCACUUUCCUCGACGAAGCUACCAUUAAAAAUAAUUGCAGAAAGAAAAAAAAAAUGAGAUAUCUAGACAUAUCGAAGUCCCAUAACUCACAAUCAUUGACCGUCUCCCUAAAUCUUGAGAGUAAAGAUUCUGGAUGUGGAAUAUUUCCCCUUUUCUCAGAUUGUCAUGUUAGAUCGUUGAAGUCGCCAAUAAUCAGCCAAGGACCACGACCCAUCGUCAACAACACACUGGGCGUCCUUGGCGUGAAAAAACUGGGAUUCAUAGAGAUUAGGUCUGAUCUCGAUAAUGCCAACUCCAUGGACUGGUCUCCAGACAUUAAAAAGGGUAUGCUGCAUAUAUUCAUAUUUGAUGAUCUUGGUAAUCAAGAAUCUGCCUACCAGCGACCAAACUCCAAGUUCAACAUCUAA